AUGCAUGAUACAGCUGCCAAAUCAAACGGUGCCCUCACUUUGAAAGAUAGUGACUGUUCGAUACUAGGCGCUGUAACCUCAGUCAGUGAUGGGAUACCAACUGAUGCUAGCUCCGAAUGCGGGAGCAUGAGGAUUAGUAGCUCGGGGCUGCAGUAUGUUGGAGGCGAUCACUGGGUGGCGAUACUCGACAGUAUUGCUGACCUGAAAGACCACCUUGACCGCGAGGAGCAGUUGCAGCUUGCCGAGGAACCUGAUGUAGGCGAGAAAGGGAAUGGUGUCCCUACAGUUGCUGCAAGUAUGCGACCCAAAGGUGCAUUCCUGCUAUAUGGGACCCGUCCGACUUCGCGCGAUGAGAUACUUUCAGCGCUACCUCCCAGAUACGCAGUCGAUCGCUAUAUAUCACAUUACUUCAACUACUUAGAUCUUGUCUCGUCAGUCUGUGAUUUAGCCACUGUUCAUGGGCCGAGUUUUCUACGUGAGGCGAGCUUACACUCCGCUCUUGAGACCACCAACACACUUGCUGACGAGCGCACUGAGGAGAUAGAUGUGGAGCAGCGAUCCCUUCAAGUUGACUUAUACCGCGAAAAGACUGUACAAUGUCUUGUCAUGGGACAAUACACCAAGUCCGGACCGUACGUUUUGGAGACCAUGAUCAACUAUAUCUAUGUUGAAUUCGGCACCAAUCCUGACGCUGAGAAGGACAUGUGGUUCCUGCUAGCUAUCGAAGUCAACCUCGCUAGACGCAUGGGUUAUCACCGCGACCCGAGCCACUUUCCCGGUAUCUCGCCAUUCCAGGGGGAGAUGCGGCGGCGGCUCUGGGCUACUGUACUGCUUGGUGACGUUCUCAUCUCGAACCAGAUGGGCAUGCCGCGCAUGAUCUCCGACUGUCAGUACGAUACCUCAGAGCCGCGCAAUCUGAAGAACGAGGAUUUCGACAAAGAUACUACAGAGCUUCCCUCAUCUCGACCAGAGUCCGAGCUUACGACUGCGCUUCCAAUAAUCGCGCGAACACGGAUGCUGAAAGCACUGGGCAUGGUUGCCGAUCUCACAAGCACCGUUGAGCCCUGCCCGUAUCGUGAGGUACUGCGCGUUGAUCGUAUAUUGCAUGAAGCAGCCAAGAGCAUUCCAUCUGCCUUGCGUAUGAAGCCCCUGGCAUCCAGCCUGACCGAUUCCCCGCAAUUGAUCGUUGCGCGUUUAUUCAUCCACCACAUGUUCCUCAAGGGACAAGUUAUGCUACACCGACGAUUCCUCUCCGCGCAGACGUACCCUCAAGGCGAUACCAGCUAUGAAUACUCACGAAGAACAUGCUUAGAUGCUUCCUUGGCCUCACUAGAAAUACAACAUAUACUUGAUGAGGAAACCCGCCCUGGAGGCCAGCUCCAUGCGAUGCGCUGGCGAGUCACCUCAAUUAUGAAUCAUCAAUUCCUGACAGCCACCAUGCUUCUCUGCUCGCUUCUCUACCGCCGAGAGAAUAUAGAGCGAGAAAAUGAGAUUCGAGCUGCGCUGCACAGGGCAAGGACUAUUUGGAUGCGCAGAAGCUCGAUAUCGAAUGAGGCGAAGAAGGCUGCCGAGGCAGUGAGCCUUGUGCUUAGUUGCGCCGGUGGGGGCUGGAGUGAGGACAGCAUGCGUUCUGGGAGUGUUGCAGACAAGAUGCAACAGGCUUACCAUUCGCUUGGGGAUAUGGUCACGCAAAACGAUUUCAGCGAAGGAAAUUUGACGGUGGUUAAUACAAACUCAAACGAUAUUAGUGCGAAUUUUAUACCUGACCUCUUGGAGACCUUCAUGUCAGGAGGUCCCAACUUGGACUUCGAUGUCUCCAAUGAUAGGACCCAUUCGAAUGGAUGGACGGCGUUCGUGAACUGGCCUGAAUUAACCUGA